GCGGCAGCGGCGGCACGGCUGUUUGUUCUGCUCUCCCGCAGCCAAGGAGCCGAAGCGGGGGCUGCGGCGGCGGCGGCGGCGGCUGCCGGCAGUGCCCGCGGCCGAGCUGGGCCUGUGAGCGCGGCGGAGCGGCGGGCGGGCCCCGGCGCCGCGCAGGCAGCCCGAAGAGGAGGGGGCGGCGGCGGGCGGCCGGCGGGGGCGGCGUGCGGCCUAGCGUCUCAGAUUGCCCGGUGAAGAAUGUGAUGGGAUCAGUAGCAUGUCUGCGGAGAGCGGCCCUGGGACGAGAUUGAGAAAUCUGCCAGUAAUGGGGGAUGGACUAGAAACUACCCAGAUGUCUACAACGCAGGCCCAGGCCCAACCCCAGCAAGCCAACACAGCCAGCACCAACCCCCCUCCUCCGGAGACUUCCAACCCCAACAAGCCCAAGAGGCAGACCAACCAACUGCAAUAUCUGCUCAAAGUGGUGCUCAAGACACUAUGGAAACACCAGUUUGCGUGGCCUUUCCAGCAGCCUGUGGAUGCCGUCAAGCUAAACCUCCCUGAUUACUAUAAGAUCAUUAAAACACCUAUGGAUAUGGGAACAAUAAAGAAGCGCUUGGAAAACAACUAUUACUGGAAUGCUCAGGAAUGUAUCCAGGACUUCAACACUAUGUUUACAAAUUGUUACAUCUACAACAAGCCUGGAGAUGACAUAGUCUUAAUGGCAGAAGCUCUGGAGAAGCUCUUCUUGCAAAAAAUCAACGAACUGCCCACUGAAGAAACUGAGAUCGUGAUAGUCCAGGCAAAAGGAAGAGGACGUGGGAGGAAAGAAGCAGGGACAGCAAAACCUGGCGUCUCUACGGUACCAAACACAACGCAAGCGUCGACUCCUCCGCAGACCCAGACCCCUCAGCAGAAUCCUCCAUCUGUGCAGGCCACACCUCACCCCUUCCCUGCCGUCACCCCAGACCUCAUCGUCCAGACCCCUGUCAUGACAGUGGUACCUGCCCAGCCGCUGCAGACGCCCCCGCCAAUGCCCCCCCAGCCACUGCCCCCACCUGCGCCAGCCCCCCAGCCCGUGCAGAGCCACCCGCCCAUCAUUGCAGCCACCCCACAGCCUGUGAAGACAAAGAAGGGGGUUAAGAGGAAAGCGGAUACCACCACCCCUACCACCAUCGACCCCAUUCAUGAGCCGCCCUCACUGCCCCCGGAGCCUAAGACUGCCAAGCUGGGCCCCCGGCGGGAGAGCAGCAGGCCUGUUAAACCCCCGAAGAAGGACGUGCCUGACUCGCAGCAGCACCCGGCGCCAGAUAAGAGCAGCAAGGUCUCAGAGCAGCUCAAGUGCUGCAGUGGCAUCCUUAAGGAGAUGUUUGCCAAGAAGCACGCGGCCUACGCCUGGCCCUUCUACAAGCCCGUGGACGUGGAGGCGCUGGGCCUGCAUGACUACUGUGACAUCAUCAAGCACCCCAUGGACAUGAGCACAAUCAAGUCUAAACUGGAGGCCCGUGAGUACCGUGAUGCUCAGGAAUUUGGUGCCGAUGUCCGAUUGAUGUUCUCUAACUGCUACAAGUACAACCCUCCUGACCAUGAGGUGGUGGCCAUGGCCCGCAAGCUCCAGGAUGUGUUCGAGAUGCGCUUUGCCAAGAUGCCAGAUGAGCCUGAGGAGCCUGCAGUGGCCGUGUCCUCCCCAGUGGUGCCGCCUCCCACCAAGGUUGCUGCCCCGCCGUCCUCCAGUGACAGCAGCAGCGACAGCUCCUCAGACAGUGACAGCUCCACCGACGACUCCGAGGAGGAGCGAGCCCAGCGGCUGGCCGAGCUCCAGGAGCAGCUCAAAGCCGUGCACGAGCAGCUUGCAGCGCUUUCACAGCCCCAGCAGAACAAACCAAAGAAAAAGGAGAAAGACAAAAAGGAAAAGAAAAAAGAAAAGCACAAAAAGAAAGAGGAAGUGGAGGAGAAUAAGAAAAGCAAAGCCAAGGAACUUCCUCCCAAAAAGACCAAGAAAAAUAACAGCAGUAACAGCAGCACGAGGGACCCAUUCCUAACGGUAUCUGCAUCACCCCUUCGUAGCAAGAAGGAGCCAGCACCCUUGAAGAGCAAGCCCCCUCCCACCUAUGAGUCGGAGGAAGAGGACAAGUGCAAGCCCAUGUCAUAUGAGGAAAAGCGGCAGCUGAGCCUGGACAUCAACAAACUGCCUGGCGAGAAGCUGGGCCGCGUGGUGCACAUCAUUCAGUCGCGGGAGCCCUCCCUCAAGAACUCCAACCCCGACGAGAUCGAGAUCGACUUCGAGACCCUGAAGCCAUCCACCCUGCGUGAACUGGAGCGCUACGUCACCUCCUGUUUGCGGAAGAAGAGGAAACCUCAAGCUGAGAAAGUUGAUGUUAUUGCUGGCUCCUCCAAGAUGAAGGGCUUCUCGUCCUCAGAGUCGGAGAGCACCAGCGAGUCCAGCUCCUCUGACAGCGAAGACUCUGAAACAGAGAUGGCUCCGAAGUCAAAAAAGAAGGGGCACCCUGGGAGGGAGCAGAAGAAGCACCACCACCACCACCAUCAGCAGAUGCAGCAGGCCCCGGCCCCCGUGCCCCAGCCCCCGCCGCCGCCGCCGCCCCAGCAGCCCCCGCCGCCGCCACCGCCCCAGCAGCAGCCUCCGCAGCAGCCCCCGGCCCCGCCCCCACCCCCCUCCAUGCCCCAGCAGGCGGCCCCCGCGAUGAAGUCCUCGCCUCCACCCUUCAUCGCCGCCCAGGUGCCUGUGCUGGAGCCCCAGCUUCCAGGCAGUGUCUUCGACCCCAUCGGCCACUUCACCCAGCCCAUCCUGCACCUGCCACAGCCCGAGCUGCCCCCUCACCUGCCCCAGCCUCCUGAGCACAGCACUCCGCCUCAUCUCAACCAGCACUCGGUGGUCUCUCCUCCAGCUUUGCACAACGCGCUGCCUCAGCAGCCAUCACGGCCCAGUAACCGAGCUGCCGCCUUGCCCCCCAAGGCUUCCCGUCCCCCUGCUGUGUCACCCGCCCUGGCCCAGCCACCCCUCCUCCCGCAGCCCCCCAUGGCUCAGCCCCCCCAAGUGCUGCUGCAGGAGGACGAAGAGCCGCCUGCCCCGCCCCUCACCUCCAUGCAGAUGCAGCUCUACCUGCAGCAGCUGCAGAAGGUGCAGCCCCCCACGCCACUACUCCCUUCCGUGAAGGUGCAGUCCCAGCCCCCGCCCCCCCUGCCGCCCCCUCCCCACCCCUCCGUGCAGCAGCAGCUGCAGCAGCAGCAGCCGCCACCCCCACCCCCACCCCAACCCCAGCCCCCACCCCAGCAGCAGCACCAGCCCCCCCCACGGCCUGUGCACAUGCAGCCCAUGCAGUUCCCCGCCCACAUCCAGCAGCCCCCACCGCCCCCUGGCCAGCAGCCACCCCACCCACCCACAGGCCAGCAGCCACCCCCGCCGCAGCCUGCCAAGCCUCAACAAGUCAUCCAGCACCACCCUUCACCCCGGCACCACAAGUCAGACCCCUACUCCACUGGUCACCUCCGUGAAGCCCCCUCCCCGCUUAUGAUACAUUCCCCCCAGAUACCACAGUUCCAGAGCCUGACCCACCAGUCGCCACCCCAGCAAAAUGUCCAGCCUAAGAAGCAGGAGCUCCGAGCGGCCUCUGUGGUCCAGCCCCAGCCUCUGGUGGUGGUGAAGGAGGAGAAGAUCCACUCACCCAUCAUCCGCAGUGAGCCUUUCAGCCCCUCACUGCGGCCGGAGCCCCCCAAGCACCCGGAGAGCAUCAAGGCCCCUGUCCACUUGCCCCAGCGGCCUGAGAUGAAGCCUGUGGAUGUCGGGAGGCCUGUCAUUCGGCCCCCUGAGCAGAAUGCACCCCCAGCAGGGGCCCCAGACAAGGACAAACAGAAACAGGAGCCGAAGACGCCAGUUGCACCCAAAAAGGACCUAAAAAUCAAGAACAUGGGCUCCUGGGCUAGCCUGGUGCAGAAGCAUCCUACCACCCCAUCCUCCACAGCAAAGUCCUCGAGCGACAGCUUCGAGCAGUUCCGCCGCGCAGCCCGAGAGAAGGAGGAGCGCGAGAAGGCCUUGAAGGCGCAGGCUGAGCACGCAGAGAAGGAGAAGGAGCGGCUGCGGCAGGAGCGCAUGAGGAGCCGGGAGGAUGAGGAUGCGCUGGAGCAGGCCCGGCGAGCCCAUGAGGAGGCACGGCGGCGCCAGGAGCAGCAGCAGCAGCAGCGCCAGGAACAGCAGCAGCAGCAGCAACAGGCAGCUGCUGUAGCUGCUGCCGCCGCCCCCCAGGCCCGGAGCUCCCAGCCCCAGUCCAUGCUGGACCAGCAGCGAGAGCUGGCCCGGAAGCAGGAGCAGGAGCGAAGGCGCCGGGAAGCGAUGGCAGCUACCAUUGACAUGAAUUUUCAGAGUGAUCUGUUGUCAAUAUUUGAAGAAAAUCUUUUCUGAGAGCACCUGGGUGACUUCUGACUUUGAUUUCCUGGCAAAACGUUGACUCUCCAUAGUGUUAGGGGCAGCAACGGAGGCAGUAGCAGCGGCGAGGGGGUGUCUCCAGGCCUGGCUCUCCUGCAUGCUAUGCCUGGGGCAGGCCUGGUGGGCAGCUGAGGAUCGCAGAGCCUGUCUGCCUUACAGCCAGCCGCACGUCCUGCCACCCCCACAGGACAUCGGCACAGGGCACGCCUCGCCAUGAGCAAGUGCCGGCUAGACCCAAGCCCCGAGUCCCCGCGUGUGGGGCAGAGGCCCUUCUCUCUGCCAAAUGUCUACACAGUAUACACAGGACAUCGUUGCUGCCGCCACCGUGACUGGUUUACUGUCCCCAAGAGCGUGACGUUCGUGACGUCCUGCCCGCCGGGAGUCCUUUCCCACACCCCAGCUGCCGCUGCCCACACCCAGGAGACCAGGGCAGGCUUGCAAGAGCUGGAGAUGGCAAGGGCGCUGGCCCACCCCCUUGCUGGCACUGACUUUGCCUUGAACAGACCCCACCCCUCCCUUCCCCUCCCCCCACAAGCCUUUAAUUGAGAGCCGCUCUCUGUAAGUGUUCGCUUGUGCAAAAGGGAAUAGUGCCGUGGAGGUGUGUGUGUGUCCAUGGCAAUCUGGAGCGAGGUGACUGUCACACGCGUGUGUGUGGGCCGGCCUCGCCUGGCGAGUGAGGCCACCAACCAAAGUCAGUUCCUUCCCACCUGUGUUUCUGGUUUUGUUUUGUUUUGUUUUUUUCUAUAUAUAUAUUUUUUGUUGGAUUCUAUUUUAUUUUUAAUUCUCUCUUCUCCUCCAGACACAAUGGCACUGCUUAUCUCUGAAAUGGUGUGAUCGUCUCCUCAUUGAGCGGCGGCUGCCACCGCGCUGUGGGUAGUGUGUGACCGUGGCUGUACUGUGUAGUGAAACAUAGUUGGCAUAUCUUUGUUUGAAGUUUGUUGGUGACUCCACCAAACUGGUGUAAAAAAAAACUCAAAAAAAAGAAAAACCCACACACACAAAAAAUACAAAACAUACAAAACACACACAAAAAAACUGCCUAUAUUUUACUCAGUUUCAAACUUUUACUAGUCUAUUUUUAAUUAUAAAACCAGAAAACUGCGUUUUCUUAUCCUUUUUUCCUCUCCCCAUUUGUUGGCUUCUUUUUAUUUUUAAUGUAAAAUCUGUUGGGGUUUUUUUUUUUUUUUUUUUUUUUUUUUUUUUUGAGUUUUUUGAGUUUUUUUUUUUUUUUUUUAACCAGGAGAGGAAAGGCCAGGGGGUGAGGCGGGCACAAGGGGCCAUAAGCCACAGACUGAGGCAGAGACUCCCUGCCCGGCGCUUGGCCCUACCAACCGGCUACCCCUUCCCAACUUUUUUUUUAAUUUUAUAAUUGGAGCCCUUGGUGAGGUUACGCGUGCCAUGAGAACCCACUCUACACCAUGACGCUGGCGCCUCAGUGUUGGCCAAACUCUGGAGUCAUUGACUGGUUUGACUUUCAUACGGUGAAUAUGCAUUUGGUCUGUACUGAUCAUGGAAUAAACACAUCUCUCUUUUUUAA